UAAUAUUUUUUAUUUAUGGACAAACUCGAUAAAAUAAUUGCAUAAUUAGAUGAAUUAGAGUUGAGUUAAAAACAUAAAGAUGAUUAGAUUAAGCAUAAUCAAAAUUCUUUGUUUCUAGGAUUACCUAAAGUAUAUCACGAAAUAAACCAAAGGUGAU